GGCUAGCGGCGCUUAGCUAAGACCACACACGCCACCUCCUUGCGACACCCGUCACCAGUGCUUCGAAAUCCUUCUCUGCUCUCCAGCAGCUUAUCUGAUGAUAAAGGACUCCCCUCCCUCCUCCCACCACCAUCCAUCCAUCCAUCCUUCAUCCUUCUUCAUCACCAGCAUCAUCGGGGUUGAUAUCGACAUCGACUUCAUCCCCUAGCUGUAUCUGUCAAACCCCAUUCCCUUUGUCGUCGACGCCAUCCGCUGGCCUUUCUACCGUCAUACGAUACCCCUCUCCUCCCCGACUGUCAACACCAACAUGCAUUUCUCGCAGCUCGGAGCCGCUGCCACUCUGGCCGCCCUCACCCAGGCCUUCCUCCUGCCACCCACCAUCUCCUCUGCAGACAAGGACGUCGUCAACAGCCUCCCAUUCGACGCUGCCGCAGCUGCCAAUGGCCGAGUUUUGGAAAUCGAAUGCCCCGGAUGUCCGGUCGAGAUCACCAACAUCCAGGGCGAGACCAAGGCUGCCGCCAGCGAAGUCGAGAGCGCUCUUCGACUCAACUUCUCCCUUUCCCACAAAGAUGCCGACGCACUCAUGCUGAAUGGCCUACAAAUCUAUCCUAUCGACCCGCGCUCGCAAAACCUCCUGGUGCCGCUUACCGCGGAUCAGCUUGUCAAGUCUUCGUCCGGCACUUGGGAUUACGCAGCUCACCCCAACCUUGGUUACUCGUUUAGCGUCGUGCAUCCUGUGCAUGCUUCGGACGAUGAUCAACUUGACAUUGUUACUCUGCACCUGGAAAUUAACGAAGUUAGCAAUACCUUCAUUGAUGGAAUUCCAAGCGUCGAUAUCAAAUUACUGGAAACACCAAGCGGCAAACUGAUGAUUGGAGACGCUACAGUAUCACCAGCACGACCGUCAGCGUCAGUUCCAGCCAAAGCUGGUGAGGAAUGCAGAACUGUACUCUGCAAAUGGAGGGCGAUCGUUGCGGACAGACUAUCAAAACUGAAGGGAUGCGCUGGCAGAAUGCGUCCACACCAGGGUCAGACUAUGAAACCCGCUGCUGACCACGACAACUCUCACCACCACCACGGCCAUAGUCGUCCUCGCCCAUACGAAACUCAUCGUGCUCACCAUCACCAUAGACACAACGGGUUUGCUCAAUUCAUUAGAGCUAUCAUCUUGCGUGUCUUCAUCCCAGUCAUGAUUGGUGUCGUCGUUGGGGUCACGGCUAGCGCAGUUGGUAUGGUCGUUGGGCACAUCGCUAUCUUCACAUGGCGAGCACUUUUCCGCCGGGGCCAAAGCCCCGCUUAUUCCCGGGUUCAGGAAGAGGAGGCCGCCAGCGAAGAUGAAGGCCAUGAUGAGACCAAGAGCUUCCUUCAGCAUCAGGAUGCACCUCCCGUCUAUGAAGAGGCAGUUGCUGGCGAGAAAGCUUCCGAGUAGAGGAGUAGUAUGGCGAAAUUAUAAGCGUUCAUACAUACGGGACUACCUUAUCCUUUUGAAGGCGUAUAUGAAUGGAAUUGGGGUGGAAUUCAAGGGAGGUUUGUAUUAAUUGGAGUUUAUGAAAAGGAGCAAGGAAGGAAGGACGGAAGGCAUGGAAACCUUGGGUAUAGCCAUACGGAAAUUACUUUUUUUUGUAAAUUGUAUAAGCAGAAUCGGAAUGAGCACGAUCGUUUUGUCUCGUAAAAAUUAACCUCUCUCGCGUCCCUCACCCCAAGCUCGUGGUUAUGCGGCAUCAGCUUUGACGGACCCAACAUGUUAGUCCACAUCGUAAGAGUAGAC